UGCUUUGUCGUGCUCUUCUUUCUCUGUUGUUGGUCUUUGCUUCUCAUGUACUGGGCUCAUUGAGCGAGGCGCGCUAUCCCUCCGACAAGCAAAACGUGUUGAAGAGUAGCGACGGCAGCGGCGGUGCCGACAUUCCCAGGCGGGAUGCUGUAAAGAGCAUGUUUCUAGAGACGUACCACGCAUAUGAGCAGUAUGCCUUCGGUUACGAUGUCCUCAAGCCAAUCACCAUGAACGGCUCCAACUUCGACUCUGUCUUGGCGGGCUGGGGAGGAACAAUCGUCGACGCAAUGAGCACAAUGAUUGUUAUGGGGCUCGGCGACAGUGAAGAAUACAAGCGCGCACUGGAACAUGUCAAGAAGACCGACUUCACCUCCACCAGCGUCCACCAUCCAGAGAGAGAGGCGCUGGGUGUCGUCUCUUUGUUUGAGCUCACCAUUCGCUACCUUGGAGGACUCGUAUCGGCCUAUGAACUCAAUGGCGAGCGGCCCGAAGAGCGUUUUCUCGUGGAUAAGGCCAUUUCGCUUGCCGACAAGCUAGCGGUGGGCUGGUACAAGCACAACCGUAUCCCAUUCAACUAUGUCAACAUCAACGAGGGCAAGCCCGAUAACUUGAGCGACACGGCAAAUUACGCCGAGGCUGGCACCCUCACCCUCGAGUGGUCUCGACUAUCCAAAUAUACGGGCGACGAUCGCUACCGUAACCUUUCCGAAGGCUCUGCCAUAGCCUUGUCCGAAAAUGAGGGCAUUUUUCCCAACUUGUACGCCAUGGAAAUUUACCCGACCAACGAAUCGACAAGCGGAGAUCUUGUGACGUUUUCUGGUGGAACAGACAGUUUUUACGAGUACCUGAGCAAAUACCCUUACCUCAUCGGAGACCCCCAGCACCCAUUUCUGGAGACUUACGGACAAUCAAUCAAGAGUGCCAAGCAGUAUCUCGUCUCUCACCCGCAGCUCAAGCCCUUUACGUUUCUCACAAGCUAUUCGGAAAAGCUCUUCAAUGGAACCCGGAACAGCUUCUCGCACCUGGGCUGUUUUGCUGGCGCCAACAUCGCUCUCUACGGUCGAUUGAGGAGGAGCGAUGAGGACACUCAGCUGGGCCUCGAGAUUGCCGAGAGCUGUGCCCACAUCGUAGACGCCGCGUCGACACGCCUCGAGGCCGGGGGCUGGGGCUGGCGCGACAGGAAGACGGGUCGAGCACAAGGCCAUAAGUUUGUCAGCCCAGGUCAAAUCCUUCACGAGGAGGACUUUGGUGUCUUUCUGACGAUCGAGGAUUUCAAUGGCAGCCCUGAAAUCCAAGAGAGCGUCCUCUAUGGCUAUCGCAUGACAGGCGAUCCUUAUUGGCGUGAUCUCGGCUGGGCUCUCUUUGGUGCCAUGAAGACGUACCUCGACACCGGCCGAGGAAUCGCAGGCAUCCAGAACGUCAAUGAUCGGAGCUCCAAGCUUGACGACGAGACGCCUACCUACUUCUAUGCCGAGAUAAUGAAGUAUCUUUACCUUCUUUUUGAUGACCCGGACCACUACUCCCUCGAUGAUUACGUGCUCAAUACGGAAGGCCACCCCUUUAAAGUCCAGCACAACGAAGCUUUUGGCAAGGUACAAGGGAACUUCCCGUACAAGCGUCUCAACCUCUGA